CUUUAUUUAUUCCUAUUCGAUUAAAAUAAUAUUAAAAAAAUUUCUUCUUUCGGGUCUUUUUAUUGUGGGUUUUACCAAAAUAAGCAAAAAAAUGAAAGUAUUCCGUUGGCAACCUUUGAAUUUAGCAAUACCAUAAUUAUUAUAAUUUUUUACAUGGUAAAGGAAAGUAGGUGUGUGUUGCCUGUGUUUCCCUUCUUUGGUGGUGUCUAAGAAGAAAGGACUACUAAGAGACAAUCGAUCACAAUUCACAACCAAAAAAAAAAAGCUCCUAUUUUAUCUCUCUUAUUAAUAUCUCUAUCUGGGUCUUCUUCUGUUUUUGUAUUUGAUAUAUAUAUUUUUUUGGUUACUUCAAAAGCAAGGCUUAGAUUUUGUUUGCAAUCUACCUUUUUUGGGUCUCUUAUUUCUCCCCUCUUGCGUAAAAGCUUUCUGGGUUUUUGCCUAUUUGGUAAGAUUUUCUUGUUCCCACUUUUAACUCUUUUUUCCUUAUCCGAACACUUUCUUGUAUGGUUGCUGAAACUAUUUUGAGUAGAAGAAGAUAUAUAUAAUAUUAUAGCUUUGUUUUCUUGUCUUAUGGUGGUAUUCGAAUCAAUCAGUCACAGAAGAUAUAUACCAAACUCCCCUCCAUAAACACAGGUCUUUUAGGUCUUUGCCUAGAGUUCUUUUCCUUCUUUUUUUUUUUCCUCUCUUGGACACUUCCUUUCUCAAAAGCUUUCUGGGUUUUUGCUUAUUUUGUAAACCCAACUAAUAUAUCAUCCUUCUCUUUUUCUUGGGGCUUGCUGACAGCUAUUAAAACUGAAUUGAAGUAAUCUCUUGAAUUCUACCCCUCUGGAAUAUUUUUUCUGUGUGUUCUGCACUCUGCAAGCAAACCUCACAUAUUGUUUCCUUCUUCCUUUUCUUUCUCAUCAAGGGAUUUCUGGGCCUCGGCCUAUCUGGUGAAGAGAGAUGGUGAGAGGAAAGACUCAGAUGAGGCGCAUAGAGAAUGCUACAAGCAGACAAGUGACUUUCUCCAAGAGGCGAAAUGGGCUGCUAAAGAAGGCUUUUGAGCUAUCAGUUCUUUGCGAUGCAGAGGUCGCAAUUAUAAUUUUCUCUCCUAGGGGCAAGCUCUAUGAAUUUGCAAGUUUCAGCAUGCAGGAGACAAUAGAACGCUACCGUCGGCAUACAAAAGACACUCAAACCAACAGCAAAUCAAUUGAACAAAACAUGCAGCAUUUAAAGCAUGAAGCAGCAACCAUGAUGAAGAAGAUUGAGCAUCUUGAAGUUUCAAAACGGAGACUCCUAGGAGAAGGUCUAGGAACAUGCACCCUUGAAGAACUCCAACAGAUAGAAGAACAGUUAGAGAGGAGCGUAAGCAGCAUUAGAGCUAGAAAGGCUCAGGUUUUCAAGGAACAAAUUGAGCAACUAAAGGAAAAGGAAAAAGUCCUAGCAGCUGAAAAUGCAAGGCUAUGUGAGAAGUGUGGUAUUCAACCACAGCAAGGAUCAAAUGAGCAGAGAGAAAUUUUACCUUAUGAAGAAAGUAGUCCAAGUUCUGAUGUGGAAACUGAGUUGUUCAUUGGACCACCAGAAGGCAGAACAAAGCGCUCUCGCUUACAGAAUUGAUGGUCUUACUCUUAAAAUUAAGCCACAUCUUUGCAAAUAUGAUACAUUAUUAGUAAGUCUAUUUCCAAUAAUCUGUACUAGAUUGUGGUACAACUAAAAUGUUGCACUCCCUCAGGCAAUUGUACUGCUGACUGCCAAUAGCUUGAUAUAUUGUUUGCUGAAAGUGACAGCUUGGAUUAUAGUUAUCAAGUUUACUAUGGGAAUAUUGUAUCUCGGUAUAUAUAUAUUUCAUUUUAUUAUAAUAGUCCAAUGGUCCUUCUAG